UGAUUUUUGUCUUCUGUCUGGGAUCCUCUCUGGCCAGAAGUACCUGCUGUUCACCACACGAGGUUCUCAUUUUCAAAACAAACAAAAUGGCGGCGCACGUGAGAUGGGGUCUUCAACGGUUGUUACGAUCGCAAAAUGCGGCUCACUUCAGGUUUUCAGAUAAGACCAGAAGCCUGUACCACUCACACUGCGCAACCCAGAGCUUCUCCAAGCUCCAGCAUCAGUCCCGGACAGGAGCCACACACCUCUCAAUAAGACAUCUGUCAAUUCAGACUCAAGACACUCCAAACCCCAGAAGCCUGAAGUUUCUCCCUGGUAAACCUGUCCUAGGAAGUGGGACACUUGACUUUCCCUCUCCAAGCUCAGCUGAGAGUUCAUCUUUAGCCAGGGUCUUGUUUGAAAUUGAAGGAGUUAAAAGUGUGUUCUUUGGUCCUGACUUCAUCACAGUCACUAAAGCAGAUGAGGAAGUGGAAUGGACAGACAUUAAGCAUCAAGCUUUGGAGGCUAUUACUAAAUUCUUUGAGAGUGGCGAUCCGAUCACAACAGGGGCAGUGCACCAUGAAAGCAGCCUUUCUGAAGAGGAUGAUGAUAUUGUUUCUAUGAUAAAGGAGCUUCUGGACACCAGAAUAAGACCUACAGUUCAGGAAGAUGGAGGUGAUGUCAUCUAUAAGGGUUUUGAGGACGGCACAGUGAAGCUGAAGCUGGUUGGUUCCUGCACAGGAUGUCCCAGUUCGACAGUCACCCUUAAGAAUGGCAUUCAGAACAUGCUGCAGUUUUAUAUCCCAGAGGUAGACAAAGUGGAACAGGUGGAGGAUGAGGUGGAUGAAAUCAAUGCAAAGGUUUUUACAGAGCUGGAACGCAAAUUACAAGACUAAAGCAAAAAUAUGUUUUACGCUAUAUAAACAUACCCAAUAAUUACUAUUAUAUGAAAACUAAGAAACCAAAUUAUUUACUGCUAUUUUGCAUGCAUAGUACAUAUUGAAAUUGAUAUGUAAAUACUUUAUGUACAUGUUACUGAGGUAAAUACUGUAUGACUGUGAUGGCUGUAAUUGUGAUGUAUUUAUUUCUUAUCAAUAUUGUAUAUUUUUUAAAUAUAUUUCCAUAAGAUGGAGAUAUUGUGAAACCUGAGGUUGAGAUUGGUAUUGGUGAUGAAGAGUGGCCCAGGAAUUGAAGAAGAAUAACUGAAUUUUCUUUUUAAAUACGACGGUAGUAAGUGUACAAUUCAUGGAGCAGAUGUGGGUUUUAAAAAUGUUUGUAUGCUGUAAUUAUUUGCUCAGUGGCACAUUAAAGAACAUUUUAUUUAA